CCCAUCCGACUGAGGGGAGUGUGUGUGCGUGCGUGUGUGUCACAACAACCGCUAGCUUUUUUUCAAAUCAAAGUCUAACGCUAACGAAGCUGUUACAGGUCACAGUUUUACGUGUUUGUUUGCUAUGCGAAAGGCGCGUGCGCGUGUAACUGACCUGUAUUUAUCAGUCGGGCUGAUCAGUGAUCAAUGGUGUGAGUGAGUGAGCGGCUCUCUCUGGAUAUCAGCAGAUUCGAUGCAAACGAGUGUCGGAGGUGAUGAAGGAUUAGGGCCGAUGUUGCAGAGGAAGGAGUCUUUUUCUCUUCUCUCGUCAUCAGAGAAGUGGCUCUUCAGUGGGAAGAGGAAGCAGAGGAAGAGAGAUGUGGAUUCACUCAGUCUGUGCAGCUUGGACAUCAAUGAGCCCAGCAGCAAGCGUGUGAAGCCUCUGUCUCGAGUGACGUCUCUGGCGAGCCUCAUCCCUCCAGUCAAAGCUGCUCCGCUCAAACGCAUCGGACAGACGCUGCAGCGCUCCAUCAGCUUCCGCAGUGACUGCAGACCCGAGAUCAUUGCACCGCGGCCGUGGAGCCGGCAGAUCGCGCCGGCCAUCACCAAACGCCGCGACAGCAAGCUGUGGAGCGAGACAUUCGAUGUGGGCCUGGGACAUAUGCUGUCCUCCAAAGAGAUCAAGAGACAAGAGGCCAUCUUUGAGCUGUCUCAGGGAGAACAGGACCUGAUUGAGGACUUGAAGCUGGCCAAGAAGGCGUAUCAUGACCCCAUGCUGAAGCUGUCUAUUAUGACAGAACAUGAGCUCAACCAGAUCUUCGGCACGCUGGACUCCCUCAUUCCACUGCAUGAAGAUUUGCUGAGUCGACUACGAGAGGCCAGAAAACCGGACGGCUCGACAGAUCACAUGGGCCAUAUUCUAGUAGACUGGCUCCCGUGUCUUGAAAUCUACAACAGUUACUGCAGUAACCAGGUAGCAGCCAAAGCAUUGCUGGACCAUAAGAAGCAGGACCAUCGGGUGCACGACUUCCUUCAGCGCUGUCUGGAGUCGCCCUUCAGUCGCAAACUGGACCUCUGGAACUUCCUGGACAUCCCACGCAGUCGCCUGGUCAAAUACCCGCUGCUGCUGCGAGAGAUCCUCAAACACACGCCGAACGAGCACCCCGACCGCCAGCACCUCCAUCACGCUAUUAACAUGAUCCAGAGCAUCAUGGCUGAUAUUAACACUCAGACGGGCGAGUCGGAGUGCCGUUACUAUAAAGAGCGCUUGCUGUAUCUAGAAAGUGGUCAGAGAGAUCUGUUAAUCGACAGCUCGCGCAUCCUCAGCUGCCACGGAGAGCUCAAGAACAACAGAGGAGUCAAGCUGCAUGUGUUCCUGUUUCAGGACGUGCUGGUGGUCACCCGGGCCGUCACCCAGAAUGAGCAGCUGUGCUAUCAGCUUUACCGGCAGCCCAUCCCCGUCAGAGAUCUGCAGUGGGAAGACCUGCAGGACGGGGAGAUCCGGCUCGGAGGAUCCAUCAGAGGAGCCUUCAGCAACAACGAGCGCACCAAGAACUUUUUCCGGGUGGUGUUUCGCAGCGGAGGACAGCUGCAGACGCACUGCUUCCAGGCCAGCGACGCCUUCAAUAAACAGCAGUGGCUCAACUGCAUUCGACAGGCCAAAGAAGCUGUGGGCUCUGCAGAGUCUGACCCACGGUUCCCUUCAGUGCAGACAGCAUGUCAGGACAGAGCGAGGCCGUGUUCGGACAUCAUGAUGGACACCACUGACGCCAGCGCGGAUCUGAGCACUGAGUGCCCACCGAUGCACCUGACAGACAUAACCGUCACCCCUGUGAAAGUGUGACCGCCGCGCUGCACAGAAACAUGUGAUUCUGCUUAACCAGCGAUCCUCUUCAGCACUGUGCUACACAAAUGCCACCGUCUAAAGGAAGCACUUCUCUGAAUCUGACACUGCUGUCGAUGGUUCUUGUGUUAUUCUUGUGCCUUUCUUUCACUGUGCUGUUGUUUGUGGCAGUCCAAUCUUUCAGAAACUGACAUUGAGGAGCAUCUGCCUGCCUUUUCACAUCCUGUAAGACUGGGGCCACCGAUUCACUUUAAUCCCACUGUCUGCAACUGAAAUGCACUACUGUCUGUGCAAGAAAAGAGUCACAUUGGUGUAAAAGGUGAACUAUUGUUCAGGUGUUUAAUGUUCAUUCAGUAAUCACUAAUAAAAAUGACCAGUCGAAUGUUUUCACUAGAGUCACGAGUAAAGGGCGAUCAUAGUAUUUCUGAACAUAUAUCACACAUUCAUCUCAUAGUAUGUCGCAGCACUGCAAGAUUAAAGCAUUUCUACAUCGAUGUCAGAGCCAGAUCCAGUGAUGAAUAUUACAUCUAUAACCACGUAUUGAGGAAUCCACGAACAAGCUCUAUAAAGCACUUUGAUUUUGAAAGUAGCUCAGCUCUGAAUUCGAUCUCAUUGGAGGAUUGACAGCUUGAGUUAUUUCCUGAUCCCGAAGAGCUGUGUGAUUGACAUUGUGGUGGAAAUAUCAAUUUUAUUCAUAAAUUGUUCUGUAGCAGUUUGCUGGAAUACACUGUAGCGUAAACGUGAACUAAACAGAAAGUCUCUUGUGCCGUGCAGAUCAGCUGAAUCUCUGUCAGUGUUUAAGUGUGCGCCAAAACUGACAACUGCUGCUGUAAAGAGAGCAGCCUUUGCCCAAACGUGUCUGGUGUGUGUCUUCAGGUUUACUCGCUAGGCCGUGUUUUGUAUUGUCAGAUGUGCAGCGUUCUGUAUAUAAAAACUAUUCAAAAGUCUUUUAUUCUUUUUCUUUUACGUAUUUCAUUUAUUGAUUUUUUUUCUCUCAAAAGUAUUGUAUUGAAAUGUAUGAUAUAAGAUGUUUAUUUAUAGUUUGUUUGUUUUUCACCUGAUUUACUAUUUUGUUUUUCUAUUUGGUUGCUGUUGGAUUAAAAAGGAAAUUGUUUGGAUUUAAGAGAGAGUUGAUGUUGUAGAAAUCAGAAAUGAUGAGAACAGAAAGCACAUGGGUCGUACGGAAGAGUAAAUUAGGGUGGGAAUGCAUUUUUAAUACAUGGGAGAGACUGACUGAUGGACAGUGUGUAACAAAAUGAAGAAAAUCAAAUAAACAUUUU